AUGGCCAAUUUCAGCGGAAUCUUCUUUGCUGCAGUGGGCGUCUGCGCAGUUAUCACCUUCCUUUCAAGUGAUUUCUACAAACAAAAGUUCAAGAAGGCACAAGAGACCAAUGCCGAAGAUGAAAUUUCUCCCGAAAUGAAGGAACGGCACACAAAGUUGUUGAAGAAAUACUUGUUUGUCUACUUGUUGGCUGUCUUGAGUGAUUGGUUGCAAGGUCCUUAUGUCUACGCCCUAUACAUGGAAUAUGGUUUCGAGCAACAUGAAAUCGCUGAAUUGUUUGUAGCAGGAUUCGGUUCCUCCAUGGUCUUUGGUAGCUUUGUUGGUGGCAUGGCCGAUUCGGGAGGUCGCAAAACCUUUGUCAUUAUCUUUGCUGCAGUAUAUGCCGCCAGUUGUGUUACCAAGCACUUUAAGGAUUACAGUAUUCUGAUGCUCGGACGAUUGCUUGGAGGUGUUGCCACUUCCUUGCUCUUUAGCGUCUUUGAAGCUUGGUUGAUUCGCGCACAUGCCGAUGCGGAGCUUCCAAAGUCUUGCCUUUCCAAGAGUUUCUCCUGGGCAGCUUUUAGCAACUCUAUCACGGCUAUUUUUGCUGGACUUGUCGCCAACAAGUUGGCCAACGAAUCCACAAUGACCUUGGUUAGCGGAAAUGUUUACGUUGGAGGAUUCUUGAACCCAUUUGAUCUUGCCCUAGCUGCCUGUGGUAUGUGCGCUGCUGGUGCCUUUAUGCUGUGGGACGAAAACUAUGGCGAAAGAGGUUCCAACGGUAAGGAUGGUCGUGAAAACAAGGGACAAUGGUACAAAGCUCUUCAAGAGGCCUUUGGAACUACCAUCAACAACCGCGACGUUCUUCUCUGCGGUCUGAUCUCAUCGCUGUUCGAAGGAUCCAUGUACAUUUUUGUCUUUUGCUGGACUCCUUUGCUCAAGUCUUUUGCUGGAGAUGCUGACCUUCCUUUUGGAUUGAUCUUUUCCACAUUCAUGGUUUCUUGUAUGGCGGGAUCGUCUCUCUUCAGUAUCCUUGUUGAGCAAUACCCCAUUGAGCGUCUCGCGGUUGUCCUCUUUGCCUUUGCAUCUGUCGGUAUGGCCAUUGUUGGUUUUGGAGUCAACGAAUCUGUCUCAUUCAUUGGUAUGCUCUUCUUUGAGAUGUGUGUCGGAAUGUACUUCCCAAUCAUGGGAACCAUGAAGGGUGGAAUUGUCCCAGAAAACAAGCGUGCGGCAAUCUACAAUCUCUACCGUAUCCCAUUGAACUUUAUUGUUCUCUUUUCGCUCUUGAACGAUCUUACUGCUUCGUUCUCUUUCAAGUUGAAUGCUACCAUGUUGGCUGUUGCCACUGGAUUGCAGUUCAUCUUGACCAAGCGAAGACUUGGUACUGGCAACCAAGCCAGUUCUCCCAAUAAGGAAGAUUCUAAGCCACUUUUGGAAGAGGAAACCGAAGACGGUGGAAAGCACAUGGUCUAA